AUGUCUUCAAACAAAUCAUCACAAGCUCUUCGAACAGAGGUUUCCAAACUAGCCAGACUAUCCAAUAUCCAAGGUGGUCUGCCACCUCUUAUGAGAGGCCUACCAGUUCUGGCGAUCAUGGCCGGAGAGGCUAUCGCAAAGACAGCAAACACCACAAACAUGAUUGAAGAGCGAAUGCUUGGAGCAGACGAAGUAUUCAUACUGCAAAGUCCCCAGAAAUCAACAGGAAACAAAGACGUGAAAGGUUAUGGCCGGCCAGGAGUAAGCUUGAUGUGCCAGACAUGCGGGCAGAAGACGGACAAGAUCCAGAGGUUAGGAGUUUUUGAUAUUUCACGGGCCCAUAGCUCUGUGAAAGGAUAUCAUCAAAUAUUUGGGAACGAGGACUAUAACAGUGAUGUAUGA